GAGGGGGAGCAACGGCGCCGCAGGCCCUCACCAGUGCGCAUGCGUGGCUCUCCGGCGCGGGUCCGUACUCCAGAGUGGAAAAAAUCUCGCGGACGCUGGGCCCUGCGUCCGACGCAGUCAUCGCUCGCCUGCACGGCCUUCCACAAAGAACUGCGGUGCGCUCAGACCAAGAGGAACCUUGAGGGUCAUGUCAAGUUCGACACUGCUAGAACCAGAGCUGAGAGAGGCAGAGACGAUGGGUGAUGAGACGACAAGGUUCGAGGAGCUGCUGUUGCAGGCUUCCAGGGAGCUCCAGCAAGCCCAGGCAGCCACAACAGAAUCCACACAGAUCCAGCCUCAGCCUGGUUUCUGCAUAAAGACCAACUCAUCGGAAGGGAAGGUUUUCAUCAACAUCUGUCACUCUCCCUCCAUCCCUCCUCCGGCUGACUUGACUGAGGAUGAGCUGCUUCAAAUGCUAGAGGAGGACCAAGCCGGCUUUCGGAUCCCCAUGAGUCUGGGAGAGCCUCAUGCUGAGCUGGAUGCAAAAGGCCAGGGCUGCACGGCAUAUGAUGUAGCUGUCAACAGCGAUUUCUACCGGAGGAUGCUGAACAGUGAUUUCUUGCGGGAGCUCGUGAUCACCAUCGCCAGGGAGGGCCUUGAGGAUAAGUACAACUUACAGCUGAAUCCGGAAUGGCGCAUGAUGAAGAACCGGACUUUCCUGGGCUCCAUUUCGCAGCAGAACAUCCGCUCCAAGCAGCGUCCUCGGAUCCAGGAGCUGGGGAACCUACAUGUGCCUGACUCCCGGGGCCCUGAGGGAAGCCCCCUAGUCUUGUCCUCCCUCAGCCCUGAGAAGCCGCACCUGAGCCUUUGGCUGGAAGCCCCCGACCUCCUCUUGGCUGAAAUUGACCUCCCUAAACUGGAUGGAACUCUGGGGCUGUUGCUGGAGAUUGGAGAGAAUCGCCUGGUGAUGGGGGACUCCCAGAAUCUGUAUCACCUGGAUGCCUACAUCCCGCUGCGGAUCAACUCUGAGGAAAGCAAAGCGGCCUUCCACCAGAAGCGAAAGCAACUGAUGGUGGCCAUGCCCCUGCUAUCUGUGCCUUCUUAACCAGCGUAUCUCCCCAUUCUUGCAAAUGGAGAAUUCUAAAAUUGAAUUCUAAAAUUGAAAUAAAAGAUUUUUGCCUUUUUCCUGA